GCGAUUGCUUCAGAAGUUCAACAUGACGAUGCAAGAGCAUAAAUCGUUUAUGAUAAAAGACCUAUUAGGUGAUGUUUUGAUGCCUUCAGGUACAGAUAAUGAAGGGGCCGACUAUCCCUCAGAUUCUGAGUCCCAAGAAGACGACCCUCCGUCGCUCUCGGACAGUAUUUCGUCUCCAGCAUUUUACCCCAAUAUUACAACGACCUCUACGUCGUCCAGAGAGACAAAUAUUAAUUCGGAAUCAUCUGCAAAGGGGCGAAAGCCACGCAGACGUCGUACAGCCUUUACGCAUGCGCAGCUAGCGUACCUGGAGCGGAAGUUCCGAUGCCAGAAGUACUUGUCUGUGGCGGAUAGGAGCGAUGUGGCAGAUGCACUCAAUCUGAGUGAGACUCAAGUAAAGACGUGGUAUCAGAAUAGGAGGGACAAAAUGGAAACGCCAGAACCAGCUGAGGCUAGAGCAGCUACGUCAUCAAGCUUCAGUAGAAAAAGAAUUAUUAAGCUCAAGUGGCCUGCGCAAGAACUCUGGUGAAGCUGCUCCAUGUUGCCCUCCCAACAACAUAUCGCGCUACGGUGCACAGUCUCCUUGCAGCUUUCUUACCUCAGCUGCAGCUGCCGCAGCUCUCUUCCAUAACGUUACAUACGUACAUGGUUGCCAGUUAUAGAUGGACUGUUAUUUAUGUGAUUCAAGGUGAUAUUAUUUGAGUGAAAUGAGUGGCAAAAAUAUGUAGAUAUUUGUUUUUUGUUGUUUUUAUUUAUUGAUCAACGUGAAAUGGACUAUAACAAAAAAUCUUGGACUUCGCAAAAAAAUUGUACAGUCGUGUUCAAAUCGCUAUAUUUUCUAAGAGCUAUCAUAUUUCUCCAAAAAGGGCACUUCAUAGUCUUCACAACUUUCAGAUAGCUUAAAAGUAGUAUGUUGAAGAUCUCAAAACUUACAUUGAACGUGUCCAUACGCUAUAGGUAGCGUACAUUGACUCUUUCUACUGCCUUGGAGCCAUCCACUAUUAGUUGAAUUUACUCGAAAAUUGAUCCGAUAUCAUCUAGAAAAUGUUUAGUAAAUGUAGUAGACGAUGGACGACUAUACAUUAUUUUCAUUAGAUAUUGAAACAGAUAAUACAACAAAUUUUGCAAUUUACUGCUAAUAAUCAUAUAGAUAUGGUCAUAGUUUUAUUUUAUAAGGAGCACCAUAACUUGUUAGUGCAAUAAAGUAACUGAAUAUUGUAAUAAAUGUGCCGUUGGUCAAAGUGCAUUAAAGUUUGAAUCCUCACUAUGGUACAUUGGUCAGAAGUUGAACGUCACAUACAUCUCCAGUAUACGGUUGAGGUCGACCUUGUUUCAAUGUGUACGUUAGAAAUAGUGCUCGCUUUCGUUGGUAAGACCAUCACGUGGUUACUGUGGUCGCACACUUUCCAGGUCUGUAAAUUAAGUGAUGAGACUGAUUUUCUUAAAAAUGUUUUAGACAAAUAUAACUACAAUUGUAUAUUGUCACUCUCAAAAUAACUUCCUUCUGAAGCCACUCAGCGCUGGAGCUCCGAUACUGCAAUAACCUUCAGCUGAUCGGUGGCAUCCGUUUGGAUAUUUCCGACUGAGCCAAAAUGUUCAAUUGCGGUGAUUUUUCAUUUUUGAGAAAAGAAAAAGCCACAACGACUCAAAUCAGGCGAAUAAGGAGGCCGAGGAGCCACUGGAAUGUUUUUACUGGCCAAGCACUCGUUUUUUGACAUUGCUGUAUGACAAGGAGCAUUAUCUUGAUGCAACACUCAGCUGUUCUUGAUCUGAUGAACGGUAGUGGGAGUCAAAUUUAACUCUUCCCCGAUUAUUCUGACUGUCAACUAACGAACUGAACGCGCAAGAUCCCGGAUUCUGUGGAUAUUUUCAUCGGUUCUUGAAGGUGAAGGCCUUCCCCUUCGUGGUUCAUCUUCAAUCGACUCUUCCUUCUGAAAAUGACUUAACCACCGAAAAACCUGGGCUCUUGACAAAACACUAUCUCCGUAGGCAUGCUGAAGUUUACCAAGAGUUUCCGUUGUACUGUGUCCAAGUCUGAAGGAAAACCUGACAGCACUGCGUUGCUCGAAAUUCAUGUCACUCAUUCUUAGAACACAAUACACAAAAUGGUUUCACAAAAAAAAUCGCUACGGACAACCAAACGACUCGAGCGAGUUCAAUCUUGAACUGAAGGCGGAUUACAUCUUCCACUGUCUCCCCUCCAAGCCGGAUGCAUCCAGUGUUGCCAGAUCUUCACACUACGUUGCCAGUCUCAUCACUUAAUUUACAGACCUCGUAGGUGUUGCACGCUUCUCUCACUUCUCUCUCGUACACAUUGAAGUCCAGCCGACUUCCGACUUCAAUCGUAAAUGAUUCACAGGGUAUGUUUGUUAGCAUAGGCGAGUACGUAUUUUUGUAAAUUAUAUAAUAUUAUACAUAAAUAUAACUCAAUUAACAUCUUUUUCAAAGCAAGACAGUUAUAAUAUAUGUACUCUAACUAGAUAGUGGAG